CGCAAAGCACAUGCGCGAGCCCUCCCCAGCACCCCGCCUAACUGUAUAACAGUCUCUACCGAGGUAAGGGCGCGAGCUCGCCAAACUCUCGAGCCUAGGCUUCUUUCUUACUCGUGGCUAGGCUUAAUCCUCUAUCCUUGCACAUGCGCAAUCUGCUUUCUCGGCCCAGACUUCCGAACUCUUCUUCUCCUUCUUCGGAGUCUAGUGCGCAUUCGCAGGGCUCCCGGCUGAGUUCUCCCAGCUGCCUUCGCGCGUUGCGCAGGAACCGCACUAGAAGCGAACGGCGGACCGGCUGCAACAUGGCUGCGUCUGCUGCCGCUUCCCUUCAAGUGGUGGAGAUGGAAGGGGUGGAACCAGCCGCCUCUGGGCCUGUGGGGCUGGGAGUGGAAGGUAUGGGCAUUAGUGGUAGCGUGGCUGCGGAGGCCGGGCUCGGGGCCGGGCUCGGGGCUGGGCUCGCCUCCAUGGCGGAGGUGGUCGGCGGGGAGCCAGGCCCGGAGUCGGAGGACUUCGAGUGCAGCACGCACUGCUCGGAGCUGUCGUGGCGGCAGAACGAGCAGCGGCGCCAGGGCCUCUUCUGCGACAUCACGCUGUGCUUCGGCGGCGCCGGCGGCCGCGAGUUCCGCGCCCACCGCUCCGUGCUGGCCGCCGCCACCGAGUACUUCACGCCUCUGCUCUCAGGCCAGUUCUCCGAGUCCCGCUCUGGCCGCGUUGAGAUGCGUAAGUGGAGCUCGGAGCCAGGGCCCGAGCCUGACACGGUGGAGGCCGUCAUCGAGUACAUGUACACGGGUCGCAUUCGCGUCAGCACCGGCAGCGUCCACGAGGUCUUAGAGCUGGCCGACAGGUUCUUACUGAUUCGUUUAAAAGAAUUUUGUGGAGAAUUUCUCAAGAAAAAACUGAAUCUGUCAAAUUGUGUGGCUAUCCAUAGUUUAGCCCAUAUGUACACCCUGAGUCAACUUGCUCUGAAAGCUGCAGAUAUGAUAAGAAGGAAUUUCUAUAAAGUGAUUCAGGAUGAAGAAUUCUACACUUUACCUUUUCAUCUCAUUCGAGACUGGCUUUCAGACUUGGAAAUUACAGUUGAUUCAGAAGAGAUUCUCUUUGAAACUGUUUUGAAGUGGGUUCAAAGAAAUGCUGAAGAGAGGGAGCGAUAUUUUGAAGAACUUUUUAAACUGCUUAGAUUAUCACAGAUGAAACCUACUUAUCUUACAAGACAUGUAAAAUCAGAAAGGCUGGUAUCCAUUAGUGAAGCUUGUGUCAAGUUAGUCUCUGAAGCUGUGGAAAGCCAUGCUCUAAGAGCAGAGAAUUUGCAGUCUGGUAAUCUGCAGCAUUCAGUGUCCCCUGUUGGAUUACUGCCAAGGUAUGGGCAGAAUAUGGAUGUGAUUAUGGUGAUUGGUGGUGUGUCAGAAGGAGGGGACUAUUUAAGUGAGUGUGUGGGAUAUUUUAUUGAUGAAGACAGGUGGGUAAACUUGCCACAUAUUCAUAAUCACUUGGAUGGACAUGCUGUUGCAGUGACAGAAUCAUACAUAUAUGUUGCUGGGUCAAUGGAACCUGGAUUUGCCAAAACAGUGGAAAGAUAUAAUCCAAAUAGAAAUAUGUGGGAACAAGUUUGUAAUUUAAUGACAAGAAAACAUUCUUUUGGCCUCACAGAAGUAAAGGGAAAACUGUAUAGUAUUGGAGGACAUGGCAACUUUAGUCCUGGUUUUAAAGAUGUAACUGUAUAUAAUCCUGAGCAAGAUAAAUGGCACAACUUGGAGUCAGCACCAAAGAUUCUUCGUGAUGUCAAAGCAGUCACUAUAGAAGAAAGAUUUGUGUAUAUUGCUGCCCGUACUCCUGUGGACAGUGACAGUGAAGACGGAUUAAGGGCCAUUAUUACCCGCUAUGACACAGAGACUCGGCAGUGGCAAGAUGUGGAUUCCUUGCCACUUAUUGACAAUUACUGCUUUUUCCAAAUGUCUGUGGCCAGUACAAACUUUUACCACACAGCCUCAUGCUGUCCAAAGAGUUAUCCUCUAGAUAAUGAAGAGGCAAAGAGAAAAAUCUCUGGCCGAGUAUCUGAUGAGAUUCUUGAAAGCUUGCCUCCAGAAGUCCUUAGCAUAGAAGGAGCAGCAAUUUGCUAUUACAAAGAUGAUGUUUUCAUCAUUGGGGGCUGGAAAAAUAGUGAUGAUAUUGAUAAGCAAUAUCGAAAAGAAGCCUAUCGUUAUUGUGCCGAGAGAAAGCGGUGGAUGCUCCUUCCUCCCAUGCCACAACCGCGUUGCAGGGCAACUGCUUGCCAUGUGAGAAUCCCCUACAGGUGCCUGCAUGGUAGCCAGAGAUAUCCUAUGCCCCAGAAUUUAAUGUGGCAGAAGGACAGAAUACGACAGAUGCAAGAAAUACAUCGACAUGCACUAAGUUUGCGGAGGAUGCCACGCUCUCAGAUUGAAUGCUAGAUCUUGGUUCCUGUACACAGUAACACCCAUCUCAAUGAAGCUAAACACAUACAGUCUUAACAUAUUACUUGAAAAAAAGUAGUAUGUUGGCAACUCAGAUUUGUAUCUGAAUUGGUAGAUUGUUUUAUCCCGUAUAAAUGAAUUGUACUUAUAAAUACCGAAGAAUGGGAAACUCAAAGACAAUAGAGGGGUAAUGUGAGCAUUUUGGAUAGUUUGUUUUCCUUCUCCUUGAAAUCAUAUAGAAACCAGGUCAAAUAAGAUCCUUAGGAGAUAUUUUACUGUGUGAGGAAAAUCAAAUGUCAUCAUUUGACUGUUUUCUACAUCCCAAGUUCCUUUGUCUUAAGAACUUACAGUUGAACGUGCUUUUAAGCACCAGUUUUAUUUGCACUUUUCUUAUGUUACUUUUAAUCUUUUCCUGAAUGAUUAAAUUUGAAGGGAAGAUUGGUGUCUAUGCACUUAGUUCUCUUAUGGAGGAGGCACGUGCAAUAGUUGGGCAGAUUGAAAUUUUAAAGGGAAAGCACAAUUUUUCAGUGAGAUGACUUCAGGAUGUUUCUAUGGCAGAUACUUUAUAUGUAUUUAUCAACACUACCAUGUUUAUUUAUAAUAGGGGUUAUUAGUAGAAAAUUCACACAUAUAUAAAAUACAUUUUUUUGAACUUUUAAAAUUUGUUUGGUAACUAUCAUAGACUUAAAUUCACUCUAAUUUGGUGAAAGCAAUUGGCAAAAGUCAGUUAUUCUGUUUUCUUAGCUAUGUACAUACAGAGAAUGUUCUAUACAUGGAGUAGAUUUCUUUGGAAAGAAUACAAGUUGAUAUAAACUGAAAAAAUAUUUCAUGACACUCAAAAUCAAAGGCAUUUGAAAAGUUGAACUUACAUUUUCAGAGGUUACAAGCCGUACUUUAGAGCAAAUUCGAUAAUGUAAAUAUGCCUGUGACAAUCAAUACAUAAUGCCUUCAAUUCUGAUUCUCUGUUGUGCAAAUUAUAUUGUUUUUUCCUCCCCAAAUCAUUCCUAAGAGGUAUAUACUGUAUUUUUUUUCUUUAAAUGGGAAGUAAAAUUUUAAACUAAUUAAAGGCCUUAACCUGUUCCCAACUUUUCUAAUCUUCAUUUAACCUGUUGCCACAGACUGAGAGGAUAUGUUAUCUGAGCCUAAAAUACCAAAUUUGAGUACAUAAUUUUUGACUUUUUGAAAUUGUCACUAUAGCUCAUUUAAAAAUUUUAUAUUCUUUAUUACUUUCUUUACUUUUCCUGUCUUUAAAAAAUUUUUUUAUUCACUAUCUUAUUCUCUAAAAUAAAACUCCCUUUAUGCAGAAUAGUACUCAGGUUGGUCUCUUACUGAUUAAUAGAACAGGUUAGUUUCCAUUGUGGUAUCAGGCUAGUGGUUAAGUCAGUGAUCCAGUGCACUCUUUCUUCUCAGAGAAUGUCAUUUUUGGGUCUGGAAGACUGCAGUUUCGUAGUCUACAUUUCAGAUCAGCAGUGAUCCAUGAAGUCAAAAGCUGCCAAAAAGACGGUUGUUAGCCAAUAACACCUUAUACAAGUUUACCAUCAAUUGCAGUGUUUUUCCAGUACACCAUAUGGUUCAGUAAAACCAGUUAUCUUUACUUAGGUAUGUGAAUAUUUAAACGUCGAAAGAAAAGAGUUCAGCUAGAAAUGUGGGGUAUCCAAUUUUAAAUUUCAAGGCAAUUUCCAGAUUAGGGUGAUUUGGGUGAUUGAAAUCAAAUCUGAUUUAAGUUAAACAUAAAUAUAAUUUUUACAUAAUGAUUUUGGGGAAGAUUGUAGACUUGUAAAGAGUAGCAUGCAUUCUGAUAAACUACAAUUAAAUUCGUUUGGCUUGAUCUGUGGAAGGUGUCUGCUGUUAAAAAACAGUGUUGCAUUACGUUAAGUCUCUAACUCUUGUUGAAUAGACAAGACCUAGCUUAUUACUAAGUUCUCUUUACUUGAUUUUUAAAAAUUCAAAUUAUUUUUUCUUCUGCUAACUUCUUUAGAAAGAAAUAGGCCUUUUACUUGUAAUAUUGGAGUGACCAAUUUAUCUCAAGCCUUGCAAAAAAAAUCAUAGGAUUACUUGUAAGGAAGAAUGUCAUCCACAUUUAAAUAAUGUUUUAAAAAUUAGGCUUCUAGUUCUUGUAACAAAAAUUUUUCAUUUGAAUUAAAACUGUCAUUUUCCAAUUUAGCAGGUAGGCAGCCUAGGCCCCGGCUAAAAGGAAGGGUAAGUCCUUCAUUUGCAUGGUGUGUGCAGGUUUUCCUGACUCUUUGCAUUUAGCUUCUAAUAUUCAGAUUUAAAAUCACAUUUGUUAUUUUUUACAUUAGUUUGUGUUGCUGAAUAUUGUGACUAACCAGUUAAGAGAGAAAGCAGAUUCCCUUAUAUCUGUUCAAGGCUGACAUUCAGAAAUCUUAGACUAAAAGAAACUUAACAAAUUCAUUUUGAAAUGCAGUAGACAAGAUGAUCAAGAACUGAUAUGAUAGUGGGUAAAAAGAAUGUUCUUAUUAACUAUAUAUUUUUACUGAAAUGUAAUAGAUUUCAUGUUUGUUGAUUAGUGUAAAUGAAGCCAAGUAUUUUGGCUAAUUAUGCCAAAAGUUAAUGACUAUCUUUUGUGAGGUCAUUUAUAAUUGCAUGUUCCUUCUAGGUUAUGAUUAAAAAGCAAAGUUAACAAAUUUGUAGUAAUUUGUCUUGUGAAUGUCAGCCAUGAGCUUAGUGUGUGACACAUUCUCACUUGCAGUUAUUCAUUGUGCAUGGUGAGUGUUAUGCAUUUCAACAAAAUAAUCAACUUAUGCUGAUUUUUUUUUUAUUUCUGCCAAAUGAAAUCUUUUGCUCAAUACUUUUAAAGCUUUAUUGAUUUGGAGGGGUUUUUUUGUUGAUCAGCUAGGUUUGUAUGGUAUUUGUUGGACAAAAAAAAUCCUCAGCUUGACUAGAUAGGGUAGAAGUUUGGGAUUAGAAAAAUAAAAUUGAUAUUGAAGGGUUUUAAACCUAUUCUGUUUAUGAAACAGUAGUUUCCAGGGCACUUUUUCCUCCAUGUAUGUCUUGACUAACAUAUAACUGUAUCUAGAACACUCCAAAUAUUGUUUCGGUUCUCUAAUAGUAAUGCCAUAUAAUAAGUUUUGUUAGGCAUAGUGGUCAGCUUGUGAACUUCAUAGAUGCUUUUGUCUAAAUAGGCUUAACUAAAGGGACUUAAAUUUUCUUUGUGCUGUCCCUAAAUUUAGCUCAAUAAAUGUGAGGUUAGUCACAUUUGUAAGAGAAAAAGCUGCUUGUAAACUAUAUCACCAAAAUGUGCUUCAUGUGUAUUUUAAAGUGUAAGAGAUUGUGAAGCAAGGUGUGAUCUCUGCCUAUUCUAGACUAAAUGGUGCUUGUGGGGUGCUAUAGUUUUUGCUUUUUUUUUUUUUUUUUUUUAUUCUUAGAUAUUUGAGAGUCUGUUUACACUUUUUGUUAACACAUCAAGCUUUUUGACUCUGUUAAACUCUUGUGAACACACUCCUAUUUUGGUGCUUUGUAGGUAUGUAAAAAACAUUUUUUUGUCAGUUACCAAUGAUUAUUUCUAGAAAUUUGUCUUUACCACUAUGUAAUGCUUACUGCAGACCAUGGGUCUGGACACAGAACUGUUCUAUAGUAAGUAAUAUAAUACAGCUAAACCACUUUAGAAUACUAUAGUGAUUAUUACUUUGCUGUGGAAGAUUCAGUUUGAUAUCCACGAUUAUUGCACUUUGUUGAGAAUGCCUUUGUAGUACCUAAGUUUUGAAGUUAACUUUUUUUUUUUUUUUGCUAUAGUGAAUUCAUCUAAUAUAAAUAGCUUAAGUGAAAGUAUGAAUACCACAGUAGUCUUAUACAGAACUUAAUCCUAUUUUGUUACAUAUUUAAAAAGUAUACCUUGUUCGAUGUUUAAAUAGUCUCAUACUGAUCUGUGUACCUAGGGCUUGUUGACAUUUAUGAAUAGAUAAGGUUAAUUUCUUGGACUUUACAGUAUUGAUGUCUCCUAUUCUACUGCAGAGAUCUUUUUUUUUUUUUAAUGACCUUUCCCUUUUAGUUAGAAUUACAUAGUGUUUAGGGCUAUAUGAGACUGAAUAUUGUAAAAUAAUAUCUGUUAUUCUAUGUUAAGCUAUCCCACUAAUUGUUUCAAUGUUGUAACUGUUUUAAUUAAAUAAACUUAUUUCUUUA